UCUCGUUCUCACACCAAUGCCACCAUGAGUAACGCCACAGAUUCUGGAUCAAGUAAUAUUAAUGCUGACUCUAUGGGAGGCAUAGUGCUGGUCCCUUUUUUCCUAAUCACUUUACUUGGGGUAGUUGUUGCAGUGAUCAUGUAUGUAAAGAAGAGGAAAAGGGUGGACCGGCUUAGACAUCAUCUGCUUCCUCUAUACAGCUAUGAUCCAGCAGAAGAAAUACAUGAAGCUGAACAGGAACUACUGGGUCAAGAGACUAAGGUUGUACAAGGCUGGACAAGUGGGUAUCAUCAGUAUAAGAGAGCAUCAUUAAGGGAUAUAACGGCCUAAGUCUUUAACACUGGAGAAGUCUGCACGUGGGCUGGAGCAAACUUCAACACCCUCUCUUUAAUGCUUUAUUUACAGCUGGUUUAAUAGUUUAUUGAUUAUGUAUAAAAAUAUACACUGUAUAUGUACAUAUAUAUUACAAAGACUUGAGUAUGUUUGCAUGUGAAUAUAUAAAUUGGAGUAUAUUUGGCUGUAUACACAAUUUUUAUGUUCUAUGUUC